CAAGUAACUUUUUGUUGCAUCCCACCCUCAUUUGACGCUGAUGAUAAAAAGGCCCUCGCGGUCGCACCACAUACAGGCAACCAGCCUCUUGAUCACUUGAUCCUCCUGCACACCAGAGUACCAGACACCACUGCGCAUCAGUGCAAAGAGGUAGCUACCCUAUCUGCCAUGGCUCAAGAGCUCCACGAAACGUCCUCUUGCUCUGCCACCACCACCUCGUCGUGCACCACAUCCUGCUGCUCGUCCACUGUCACAGACUCGUCCUCUUCGCCCCCGUCACCGGCGGCGGCCAAUGCCGCGCCCGCGACACGGAAGCGGCAGGCGUUGGAGGCCGAGGCCGAGGCCGAGGCGGGCGGUGAGGAGGAGGAGGAGGAGGAGGAAGGCUGUGCUGGUAAUAAGGCGGCGCCGGCCAAGAAGCGACCGCGGGGCAGCGAGGGGAAGCACCCGACGUUCCGCGGCGUGCGGAUGCGGGCGUGGGGCAAGUGGGUGUCGGAGAUCCGCGAGCCGCGCAAGAAGUCGCGCAUAUGGCUCGGCACGUUCCCCACCGCCGAGAUGGCCGCGCGCGCCCACGACGUCGCGGCGCUCGCCAUCAAGGGCCGCGCCGCGCACCUCAACUUCCCGGACCUCGCCGGCGCGCUCCCGCGCGCCGCGUCCGCGGCGCCCAAGGACGUCCAGGCAGCCGCCGCAUUGGCCGCUGCGUUCACGUCGCCGUCAUCGGAGCCCGGCGCCGGCGCGCACGAGGAGCCCGCUGCCAAGGACGGCGCCGCGCCCGAGGAGGCAGCCGCCGACGCACAGGCACCAGUACCAGUAGCACUACCACCGCCGGCGGCCUCUCGGCCAGGGACGCCGUCGAGCGGCGUGGAGGACGAGCGGCAGCUGUUCGACCUGCCGGACCUGCUCCUCGACAUCCGGGACGGGUUCGGGCGCUUCCCGCCGAUGUGGGCCCCGCUCACUGACGUGGAGGAGGUGGUCAAUGCGGAGCUGCGCCUCGAGGAGCCGCUGCUUUGGGAGUAGCGGUCAGAGAUGCUCGUUGCCUGCAUUGCAAACGAGGUCUAAACAAUAGUAGCAGUGGUAUCCCAUUUCUUCUUCGUUUUGCUUCUCGCCCUCUCCUUUUUUUCUCUCUUUCUUGCUUACUUUGGGGGGAAAACAGCUAGUUCUUUUUUUCUUCUUCUUCUUCUUCUUUUAUUAAAUUGAGUUUUAAUAAGUAUAAACAUAUAUAAACGAGAGAGAGAUAUAAGCUGUGUACUUAAAAGUGUAAGACGAGUACCUAUCAGUUCAUUAUUACGUAUCUACUAGUGGUACCAGUAGUGAUCAUGUUGUCCCGGCCGUGUGUGAAUUCCAGCGGUAGUUGUUGACCUUGCUAGAUUUUUAUAGUUGCUUGUGUUGUGUGCUGUACCAAAAUUCCCCAGGGAAAAAGGGCAGGAAGCAAACGAAUGUAACGGGAACACAAGCAGCAUCUAAUCUCUAUUACUGCUGACAACGAAA